AUGGGCAGUCAUAUACUCUACUGGUUCGUGGAUUGCACUAAAGACGUCAGCUGUAAUGUAACGGCUCAGCUUGUCAGAGGCGCCUUGCUGAUGGCAAUAUAUCUGCAUGGAUUGACGGCAUCUGAAACAUCAUCGUUAACCAGAGCUAUGACAUAUUCUGGGGAAACAUUACACUGGCCACUGGAAUGGAAUGGUUGUGUCGUUGACAAGCACAGUACCGGUGGAGUCGGUGACAAAGUGAGCUUAGCCCUGGCACCAGCACUUGCAGCAUGUGGCGUAAAAGUACCAAUGAUUUCGGGUCGAGGUCUUGGCCAUACGGGUGGCACGCUGGACAAGCUUGAGUCCAUUCCUGGUUUUUGUUCGUCCAUCACCGCUGACCAAAUCAGGAACAUAUUGGCAAAUGUCGGCUGUUGUAUCGUCGGCCAGACCAAGGACAUAGUGCCAGCCGAUCGUGUUCUUUACGCGAUGCGAGAUGUAUCAUCAACUGUGGACAGUCUGCCUCUUAUUGCGUCCUCUAUAGUAUCAAAGAAGGCCGCUGAAAACCUGACAGCUUUAGUACUGGAUGUUAAAUAUGGCCGGGGAGCAUUCAUGGAGAAGGAAGCCGACGCUCGUUCGUUAGCCGAGACGAUGGUAGAGGCCAGCAAUAGCAUGGGCGUAAAGACGGUCGCUCUGCUAACCAACAUGAACAAUCCAAUAGGCUUUGCUGUCGGCAACCAUCUUGAAGUGAUUGAAGCUAUUCGUUGCCUGCACGGAAACGGACCAGCGGACCUGCAGUAUCUUGUCGGGCAGCUAGGUGGCCGCCUCCUUUACAAAGCCGGUAAAGUAACAUCGUCGACAGAAGGAGUUAACCUGAUACUUGAAAAGUUGCAGGACAAAUCGGCUCUUCAUACAUUUCGCAGAAUGUGUGUUGCUCAGGGGGCUGCAGAAGAAACGAUGAAAGAGUUGUGCAGCGAGAAUGCCGACUUCACCAAAUUAUUCAGACAAUCAAAAUUUACGACGCAGCUUCGGAGUCCGGUGACCGGAUAUGUUCACCAAAUUGAUGCUCUCUGGCGUGGCUAGGGCUAGUCUGCAACUGGGUGCGGACAG